UAAAAACAUCGAUGCAUCGAUGUUCUCCACCUCUAGGUUUGACCCUCUAAUUAAUAUAAUAAAUAAAAAGUGCUUAAUUGUUGGGAAACACUUAACGAUAGUCUAUUUAGCCGACACGCUAUGUUAAUAAGGACCAGCUAUUAGAAAUCAGAAGUUGCAUGAUGGCGGAUGAGUAUUGUCUGACGAACUUUAUUGAUUUUUCGCUGUCUUUGUCGCUACCACUGAAGCACAAUCGAAUUAAGUACACAUGCUUCGACAUCUCGGAUAGCUACAUUAUCUUUGGAGCAUCCUCUGGCUCCCUCUAUCUGUUCAAUCGCAACGGAAAGUUUCUGCACCUCAUCCCCAACAAACAUGGAGCCAUCACCAACCUGAGCAUAUCGGCCAAUAACAAGUACGUCGCCUUCUCCACUCAGCGGUCCCUUAUUUGCGUGUACGCUGUGAACCUGUCCGCCCAGGCCACGCCUCAGGUGAUCGUCACGCAUCUAGACCAAUCUGUCCAGGUCAGCUGCAUCCACUGGACGCAGGACGAGAAGCAGUUCUACUAUGGAGACUCUCGGGGACAGGUCAACCUUGUCCUGCUAUCUUCCUUCAUAGGCCACAAUCUGCUUCUCAACAUGACUGUGCACCCCUUGCUCUAUCUCGACUCGCCCAUUGUCCAGAUCGAUGAUUUCGAGUCCCUGCUCCUGGUGUCCAACUGCACCAAAUGUAUACUGUGCAAUACCGAGUACGAGGAGUACAAGCAGAUCGGCAACCGCCCUAGGGAUGGGGCCUACGGCGCCUGCUUUUUCAUCUCGCCACACGAGUCUGUGCAGCCGUCGCGCAUCUACUGUGCGCGGCCCGGUACCCGAAUCUGGGAGGUGGACUUUGAAGGCGAGGUCAUCCAGACGCAUCAGUUCAAGGCCGCCCUGGCAACGGCCCCCGCCAAGAUACAGAAAAACAGCAGCGGAGACCACAACGCGGAUGAGCUGGACUCCAACGACGAGUUGCUGGACUACCAGCCGCAGCAGUUGCAGUUCUCCAGGGUGCAGAGACUUAGCCAGGACUUUCUGUUGGCCUAUACCGAGCUGGGGCUCUACAUCUUCGACGUACGCAACUCGUCCGUCGUGCUGUGGUGCAACCAGUUUGAGCGGAUUGUUGACUGCCGUGUAUCCGGAAUGGAGAUCUUCGUGUUCACGCAGACGGGCUCACUGUACAGCGUACAGCUGCAGACACUCCACGGGUAUUCCAUCUCGCUAGUGCAACAGUCGAAGUUGCUCCAAUGCGCGAAUCUGCUGCGCCAGCAUGUGAAGUAUUUUGCGGACAAGGCCAGAGAGAACUACGAGCUGAAACUGCUCAACCAGCUGAAGCAGCUGCUGAUCGAGAGACAGGAGUACGAGCUCCUGAACGACAUUUCGGUGAUAUUCGAUGCCAUAGCCCAGUGCACAGGAAGUGCGCUGGACACCCAAAGCUCUGGCGGCAGCUCGGCCGCCACCGAGCGCAGUGGUAGCAUGAGCGGGGGUGGAGUAAGCGCCCCCAAGGGCCCGCCGAAAGGCGUGUAUGUCCUGGAGAACGCCUUCUGCGAUAAUCUAAAGCAACAGCCAAAGUCCGGACACUUUAAGGAUGCCCUGCUCACCGUCACCGGCAAGUUUGGGAAAAACAUCAUCAAAUACAAGUUCAACAUAUUCGCAGAAGAGCAGCAGCAGCAGCUGGUGAGGGAGCUCAUUCCAGCCAGUGAGCGGUCCCUGCCAUUCAAGGACAUCAAGGCUCGCUACGAAUCUGGCGAGGGCGGGGAGGAGGAGAUCGUGAGCCGCUGCAAGCGACCCACGCCGCAAGCUCCCCACAUCAGCCCCGAGGAGAAGACCAUCUACAACCUCUAUCUGAUCUGCAAAAGCGCUAAGUUCAGUCGCACACACUGCGUGGAGCGCUAUCGCGCCGUCUUCGAUGAGUACGCAGCCAGCGAGCUGGUAACGCUGCUGGGCAAGUUGGCCCAACUGAUGGUAGAGCACGGCGAUGGGCAGGAGCAAGCGGAGCGCAAUUGCUACGAGAUGUACUUCAACUAUUUGAAUCCCGAGCUCAUCUGGGAAGUGGAUGACGCCACACGGGACUACAUUGCCAGUGGAUUUGUGCUGCUGAAUGCCCCACAGUGCAUGGAGAUUGUUAGAUGCGACCACUGCGCCUUCCCCUUGCGGUUCGACAACGCCUGCCAGUACCACGAACUUGGCGCCGUCCUGCUUCGCUACUUCUGGUCCCGCAACGAGCAGCUCAAGUGUUUCGAUGUGGUCCAAGCCGUUCCUGCCCUGCUCGAUGUCCUGGCCAAGUUCUAUUUGGCCGAGCAGAACCUCGACAAGGUCCUCCCCAUUGUACUCAACUAUGGGCAGCCGGAGUUGCUCUUGGACGUGGGCCGACAGCUCAACGUGGCGGCCUGGGCCCGUUGCUUCGAGCAGUUUGCUGAGCUGCAGCGUGGACGCCUGGUCUGCGUAAACUGCGAGUGCGUGUCGAGCGUGGAGCAGGAUCAGUUGACUCGCCAUUUCUUUUACACUUGGAACUGCUUCCUUAAUAUCGCUCUCGACCACCUGACGGCCAGCGACACGUUGGCCCUCAUCUUCAAGUGGAGCUCGUACAUUCCGAACGAUGCCAUCGACAGAGAGUUCUAUUCCAGAUGCCUGCUCAAGGGCUAGUCCUAGUUCUAGUCCCAGCGGAGCGACCAUGGGGGUUGAGUUGACGAUGCGACCUGCAUACGAGAUACUGCACAGGGUUUAGUUGUUACAUACAUAUAAACAUACUACAUAUAUGUAGGUACAUACGCAUAUACAUAUUUACACACAGCUAUAUAGCAUACAUAUAGCAUACAUACUACAUAGCAAUAUAUGGCCGUAUUUACUGUUCAAAUGUUUCCACUAUGUAAUCUCAAGCUAGAACAGAAGCUUUAGCCAAUACCAAAAGCAUUUAUUCUAUAUAAAAAUGUACACCUACAUACAAACAUACAUCCAAAUACAUAUAUGUAUUAAGGCUGGCUGAUAAAGCAUUGGUCGAAUGUAAAAUCAAAUUAUAAUUUUGUUGGUUAG